CGCAUAUGUCUGUUCCUCCGUUCACUCUGUUCGAUUCUGCCUACGGGUGAAGAAGUUUACAGUAUGGCGCGUUUACGGGUACUUGCACUGGUGUUGCUAGUCAGCUGCAUCGUCGUCAUAGCAUCGGCUGAAAAAACUGACCAAGAAGCCGAACAUGGCGAAACUGUACCGGCAACGCCAGAGCCCAGCACUACGGAGGCAACGGAGGAGGAAUCACCGCCACCAAAAAUUGAGUGUACCGAUCCGCGCGAAGUGUACAACGAGUGUGGCAGUUCCUGCGAUGACCGUACGUGCGAAAAUAUACGUCGUGGUGAUCAUUUGGCGUGUACCAAGCACUGUGUCGAAGGAUGCUUCUGCCGAAAUGGUUACGUGCGGGACAAACAUGACCGAUGCAUUCCGAGCUACCGCUGUGGUAAAGCCUAAUUGUGCAGUUCAAUCGAGCGGUGUGUCAAAUAUUUACAUGAUCAGGACAACGCAUUAGAUCACGCAACACGGCGAAUGAUAACGGGCAAUGGAAGGUCAAACACAAAGUGAAUGUAGUAAAAAAAUAAAGUAAUUGGUAAAUG